UGUUGCACACCGGGAGUGAAAAAAACUCCACAUGGUUGUAAAGUGACCUCCUUAAACACACUGUCGAGCUUGCUAUUUACGAACAAUUAUUAAAUAUUAAAAAAAUGUAAGAGAAAAACAAAGGAACAAAAGUAUGAGACGUAUAGAACAUUAGACUAAAUAAUCCGACCGGAACAAUAUUCAGUCGACUAAAUAAUUUAUAACUAAGCCAAGUGCUUCGACUGUCAGUUGUUGUGCUGAAGUCGACCUGAACUUCGCCCCUUGUUAUGCGUGCUUAAAGACAGAACUUCGAGAGUUUCCAAGUUAUUAAAAUGACAGACACAGAAGAAUUAGACGGUGCUACUAUUUUGGCGAAUGCUUUAAAACAACAAGGUAUUGAAUAUGUGUUUGGCAUUGUUGGUGUUCCAGUUAUCGAAGUUGCAAUGGCCAUGCAAACUGCUGGCAUCAAGUUUGUGGCUAUGAGGAAUGAGCAAGCUGCUUCUUACGCUGCUAGUGUGAUUGGUUACCUAACAAGAAGACCAGCAGCUUGUCUUGUAGUCUCAGGUCCUGGUUUAGUACAUGCUCUUGCUGGUGCUUCCAACGCUAUGGAGAAUUGUUGGCCAAUGUUACUUAUUGGGGGUUCUUGUGAGAGACAACAGGAAGGCAUGGGAGCUUUUCAAGAAUACCCACAGGUGGAAUAUGCCAGAAAUUUCUGCAAGUACAGUGCCCGACCCAGCUGUCUACAACGGAUUCCAGUUUUUGUAGAAGCUGCUGUAAGAAUUUCUCUUUAUGGACGUCCUGGAGUUAGCUACUUAGAUCUACCAGCUGAUAUGAUAACAGCUGCUGUUGAUUCUUCAUCAGUUGUAUGGUGCCAAAAGUGUCCUGAUUCUCCAAGAGCACAUGCCCCUCUUGAAGACAUUAGAAAAGCCCUCCAAGUCCUCUCCGCUGCCCAUAAACCUUUGGUCAUCAUUGGUAAAGGAGCUGCCUAUUCCCAGGCUGAGAAGGAACUGCAACAUUUUUUAUCAGCAACUGGACUGCCUUUCCUUCCAACCCCGAUGGGUAAAGGAGUUGUUCCAGACAACCAUAAGCAGUGUGUUUCAGCAGCCAGAUCAAAAGCUCUUCGAGAAGCUGAUGUGAUUCUUCUGCUUGGUGCACGUUUGAACUGGAUUCUACACUUUGGUCUUCCUCCUCGCUUCCAACCAAAUGUCAAAGUCAUCCAGGUGGAUAUCCAUCAAGAAGAAUUGGGUAAUAAUGUUCGGCCUGUUGUAGCUCUUGCUGCUGAUGUAAAAGCAGCUCUUUCCCAGAUGUCAAUGGAAUUAGCUAAUUCUUCAAACAGUUAUCCCUUUCACCAUACGGAACUUUGGUGGCAAGACUUGAAUAAAGCUAUUGACAAAAAUAAAAAAGCCAUAAAUGCUUUGAGUGCUGAUGAAACUGUGCCUCUCAACUAUUACUGUGCCUUCUCUAAAAUUACAGAAAUUCUUGGAGAAAAUGAUGUUGUCAUUGUGAGUGAAGGAGCCAACACAAUGGAUAUUGGUCGGUCCAUGAUACAAAACCUGUUACCAAGACAACGGCUUGAUGCUGGGAGUUUUGGAACGAUGGGUGUUGGUUUAGGAUUUGCAAUAGCAGCUGCCUUGUGGUGUAAGGAGACAGGCGGUAAGAAGCGUGUGAUUUGCGUUGAAGGAGACAGUGCCAUUGGUUUUUCAGCAAUGGAAUUGGAGACUGUAUGCAGAUAUAAACUGCCAGUCAUAUUUCUUGUCUUCAACAAUAAUGGAAUCUACAGUGGUUUGGAUAAUGACAGUUGGAAUUACCUUCAGGAAGAUGACAUGACUCUUGUGGCGCCGCCUACAGCUCUAACUCCAGAGACUCGUUAUGACAUGGUUAUGGAAGCCUUUGGUGGCAAAGGUCGCCUGGUGAGGACCCCAGAGGAACUGUGUAAAGGGUUUAAGGAUGCAAUGGAAGAUGAAGAUGGAGCUUAUCUGUUCAACAUCUUAAUCGACCCAGUUGCCACUCGGAAGACACAGGAAUUCUCUUGGCUCACUUCAUCCAAGUUGUGAAUUCUAAUGGCGUUUGUAAUGAAAACAAGAAAACAUUCCACCAUAGAGAAUUAAGAUAUCUACAUAAACACAUUUAUGAUUGAUUGUGUGUGAAAAUAUCAGAAAGAUGUUCAAAUAAUUUAAUGGCAACAUUAUAAUGGGUUUAAGAAAAUAAUUAUUAAUACAAUUAAAUAUAUAAUGAAUUAUUUUUCCAAA